CAUAGGAGAGGGGGAAAGCAAUUUGAAAAAAAAGGCAUUGCAUGCAGUGUAGGCGAAGCCGAUGAGUUCAAAAGAGAGUUGCAGAAGCGAACUUCGCAUUGCGAUUCGCCAACUCAGCGAUCGAUGCCUCUACACUGCUUCUAAAUGGGCAGCAGAACAGUUGGUGGGUAUUGAGCAGGACCCUGCAAAGUUCACUCCUUCGAACACCAGAUUCCAGCGUGGGAGUUCAAGCAUUCGCCGCAAGUACGGAACUCAUGAGAUUACGGCGACGCCAAUUGCUGGUGUUUCUUAUGUUGCCACUCCUAUGAUGGAGGAGGAUGAACUUGUAGAUGGUGAUUUUUACCUUCUGGCUAAGUCCUACUUUGAUUGCCGUGAGUAUAAGAGAGCUGCCCAUGUUCUUCGCGAUCAAACUGGAAGAAAAUCGGUGUUUUUGCGCUGUUAUGCUUUAUAUCUGGCUGGAGAAAAGCGAAAAGAGGAAGAGAUAAUAGAACUUGAGGGGCCUCUAGGUAAGAGUGAUGCUGUCAAUCAUGAAUUAGUUUCUUUGGAGAGGGAAUUGUCAACACUUCGCAAGAAUGGCACAAUUGAUCCUUUUGGUUUGUACCUAUUUGGUCUUGUGCUCAAACAGAAAGGCAGUGAGAAUCUUGCACGUACAGUUCUUGUAGAAUCUGUGAAUAGUUACCCUUGGAACUGGAAUGCCUGGACUGAACUGCAAUCCUUGUGCACUACAGUUGAUAUCCUGAGUAGUCUUAAUCUCAAUAGUCAUUGGAUGAAGGACUUUUUCCUUGCCAGAGCUUACCAAGAACUAAGGAUGCAUAAUGAGUCUCUGUCAAAAUAUGAGUAUCUACUAGGAACCUUUGGUUAUAGUAAUUACAUACAGGCACAAAUUGCAAAAGCCCAGUACAGUUUGAGGGAAUUUGACCAAGUUGAAGCAAUAUUUGAAGAACUGCUGAGAAAUGAUCCUUACAGAGUUGAAGACAUGGAUAUGUACUCCAAUGUGCUUUAUGCUAAGGAGUGCUUUUCUGCUUUGAGUUAUCUUGCCCAUAGAGUAUUCAUGACUGAUAAAUACAGACCUGAAUCUUGUUGUAUCAUUGGGAAUUAUUACAGUUUAAAGGGGCAGCAUGAAAAGUCAGUUGUGUACUUUAGGAGAGCCCUUAAAUUGAACAAAAAUUAUUUAUCUGCUUGGACACUUAUGGGUCAUGAGUUUGUUGAGAUGAAAAACACUCCUGCUGCUGUGGAUGCCUAUCGUCGGGCUGUAGAUAUAGACCCAUGUGAUUAUCGUGCUUGGUAUGGACUAGGACAGGCUUAUGAGAUGAUGGGUAUGCCUUUCUAUGCGCUUCAUUACUUCAAAAAAUCCGUUUUCCUGCAGCCAAAUGACUCGCGGUUGUGGAUUGCGAUGGGUCAGUGUUAUGAAACUGAUCAACUUCGCAUGCUUGAUGAAGCAAUAAAGUGUUACAGAAGGGCAGCAAAUUGUAAUGACAGGGAAGCAAUUGCACUUCACCAGCUAGCAAAGCUGCACUCAGAGCUGGGGCGCCCUGAAGAAGCUGCAUUUUACUACAAAAAGGAUUUAGAGAGGAUGGAAUGUGAAGAGAGGGAAGGACCUAGCAUGGUUGAGGCUUUGCUCUUUCUUGCAAAAUAUUACAAAGAACAGAAAAGAUUUGAAGAAGCAGAGGUUUACUGCACACGUCUUCUAGAUUAUACUGGCCCGGAAAGAGAAACAGCAAAAAGUUUACUUAGAGGAAUGCGAUCAACACAAUCUAGUUUCCCUCCCAUGGAUGUUGAGCACUUUCCUCCCUAAUCUCUCUUGAUGAAACACUGGUGUUCUGUGCUACAUUGAUCAGUUUUGCUAUAGAGACAUCAAAACUGAUAGAAAACAAGGAAAUGAUAAGUUUUACAUUCUUGUACUUCAAUGCUGCAAAAUGUGUAACAUCUCCAAAAAUUUCAAUUUUUGUAGUUAUGUUAUUUUGGAAAAUUAGAUUUCUUAUAAUUAUAUAGUGAACACGCAAAAUAUGAAUUUAUGCUCUACUUUCUC